GGGAGGGGAGCGACAGUAGGGGUAGUUGACAUGCAGCUCUGACCGCGAUGAGACCUUGACGUGCAUAUCUGGACCAUCGAGAAGAGUUCCUCCGUCUCUUCUCCUUCACUACUCUUCCUCAACCUUGGCUCUCGAUGUGCUUCGAGCCUGAUAUGUAUGGAUGGCCAGCCUCGACAACAAGCGAAGGCAUCCCUUCCUCUCUCUGCGCGAGCUGGGCUCUGGCUGGGUUGAAGUAAGCUUGGCGGAAAGCAAGUUUCAAGCUCAGCUGUGCAGUGUCUUGUCAAGGAAAUCCUUCGAUGCAACUGUUGGCCAUGCAAUCUUCCGGAUUAUGGGAGGUUCGACGGACAACAAGGGAGGGAUUUUUGUCGGGACAGUGCAGGAUGGUUGUACGUCUGUGCUCGCCACAGCCUUUGGUGAGCGCAACGCUGGCGUGGGAUGGGGCAGGGGCAUGGCGUAUGUCCGGUGGGUGGAGGGGGCCCGAUCAAGAGGGAGAGAGAAACGAUAUCCCUUCUACCCCAACACGCAAUACGUGAAUGUGCAGCAGCUACACCAACUCUACCAAUACAGUGAGAAGGAUGUCGAAGAGCUCCUGGCCCGCUGGGGGAUGAAGAGUUUGAUCGCGACAUUCCGCCGCCUGGGGAUUGAUGGCAGGAAGCUCUACAACCUGACGGACCUGGACCUUGCCGACAUGCAUGUCAAUGAUCCCCGAGAACGUGCGAGCAUCCUUCACAACAUCCAUGCGCAUUUCAUCAAGCAUCACGGGUUUGACGUAGGGGACGUGGUCAAGCUCGUACUGGACGUUCCUAGAAGG